UAUUGGCUGGACAGCAGUAGGCUAUGAUUUUCCUGUUGCCUUGUGAGUGACCCCCCUACAGGAAGAUAACGGAGAAGCCAAGAGGGAGGAGCAGUUAAGCUACACAUGUCUGGCUGCUCUUAUCAACUUAUCAUAUAAGGAAAGGAAAGUGAUUGAUUCAGAUACCGACACUGCAGAAUUUGCUCCAAAGAGAAACAGAAGAAACACCAAAGCUUACUUGUAAAGCUAAGCCAGAACACACAAUUGGGGUAGGACUGUUCUUCCUGCUGGCAUCUCACCGUUUACUGGACGACUGGAAAGAAGGCAGCAUUUUGUUUUGUUUUGCUUUUAAAUUAAAUCUGCUAGUAGAAAAGGUGGGUGGGGGCAGGAACCCAUUGACUGUCAAGAGUGUACUUUAUACAUGACAGCAUAGCACAGCAUUUCAGAGGACAAAUGAAUGAUCUGGACUCUUAAGUGCACUGAAGUUUGCUAAGUUGGCUGCAUUCUCUCUGAACAAAAGUAUGUGGCUGAUUGUUUUCUUUACUUUGAGCUAUGAUCUUGUCUUGGCAUCAGCCUACAACAACUUUCGGAAAAGCCUGGACACCAUAGGGAAGAAGCAGUAUCAGGUUCAGCAUGGAUCAUGCAGUUACACCUUCCUAUUGCCAGAGAUGGACAAUUGCCGCUCUACUUCUAGCUCCUAUGUGUCUAACGCAGUGCAGAGGGAUGCCCCGUUGGAUUAUGAUGACUCUGUGCAGAGACUGCAAGUACUUGAAAACAUCAUGGAAAAUAACACUCAGUGGCUCAUGAAGCUUGAGAAUUAUAUCCAGGACAAUAUGAAGAAAGAAAUGGUAGAGAUGCAACAGAAUGCUGUACAGAAUCAGACUGCAGUAAUGAUUGAAAUAGGAACAAAUCUAUUAAAUCAAACAGCUGAGCAGACACGCAAACUAACAGAUGUUGAAGCCCAAGUAUUGAAUCAGACAACGCGACUUGAACUUCAGCUUUUGGAACAUUCCCUUUCCACAAAUAAACUGGAGAAACAGAUCUUAGAUCAGACCAGUGAAAUAACCAAACUUCAAGAUAAAAACAGUUUCCUAGAAAAAAAAGUCCUUGAUAUGGAAGACAAGCAUACAGUUCAGCUACAGUCAAUAAAAGAUGAAAAAGAUCAGCUUCAAGUGUUAGUAUCCAGACAAAAUUCCAUAAUUGAGGAACUGGAAAAACAGUUAGUGACAGCCACGGCAAAUAACUCAGUUCUUCAAAAGCAACAACAUGAUCUGAUGGAGACUGUCCAUAGCUUGCUAACUAUGAUAACAGCACCAAACUCCAAGAGCUCCUUUGUGGCUAAAGAAGAGCAAAUAAUUUUUAGAGACUGUGCUGAGGCUUUCAGAGCGGGCCUCACCACUAAUGGCAUCUACACAUUAACUUUUCCUAAUUCUACUGAUGAGGUCAAGGCAUAUUGUGACAUGGAAACAAAUGGAGGCGGGUGGACAGUUAUUCAGAGGCGAGAAGAUGGCAGCACUGAUUUUCAGCGAACUUGGAAAGAAUAUAAAAUGGGAUUUGGUGAUCCUGCUGGAGAAUAUUGGCUAGGAAAUGAGCUUGUUUCCCAGCUGACUAAUCAACAACGUUAUGUGCUCAAAAUACAUCUUAAAGACUGGGAAGGAAAUGAGGCCUAUUCAUUAUAUGAACAUUUCUAUCUUUCAAGUGAAGAACUCAACUACAGGAUUCACCUUAAAGGACUUACAGGGACAGCGGGCAAAAUAAGCAGCAUAAGCCAACCAGGAAAUGAUUUUAGCACAAAGGAUGCAGACAAUGACAAAUGUAUUUGCAAAUGUUCACAAAUGCUAACAGGAGGUUGGUGGUUUGAUGCCUGUGGUCCUUCCAACUUAAAUGGAAUGUACUACCCACAGCGGCAGAAUACAAACAAGUUUAAUGGCAUUAAGUGGUACUACUGGAAAGGAUCAGGGUACUCUCUCAAAGCCACAACUAUGAUGAUUCGACCAGCAGAUUUCUGAAUUUUUUGACAUUCUCUGUGAACGGCAUCGUGUUAGACUUAAUUGGCCAAGCAUUUAGACACACAGCUGAAUUUUAUCUCUUUUUCCACCUCAGAAAACAUGCACUUGUGCACCAAAGGAUCAUGUUCUGUACUGCAACACCGUAAUAUUCAUCACUUUAACCUACACUUUUCAACGACUCAACAUAAGACCUACAAUAUGGAAAUAAUAUGGAAUGAAACUGAUCUGUUGGAAGGACUGUAGAAAAUAAAUUUAUGUUCAAGAGAUUAUCUAAUAACCUAAGGACUCUUCAUAGUCAUU